AUCUCAUCUCAUCCCAUCUAGAUGAUACCUACCUUCCCAUAAAGUGUGAACCUCUUCAAUCGGUUCACACGGUUUACAAAAACCAAAACAGAAGCCACCCCUUCAUCCAUCACAACACCAAUUACCCUAAAUUCAUCCCCUUUUCUCCAUCUUUCUCCCUCUGUUUUCAGUUCUUGUUCUUGUUCUUCACUGUUUCUUGUUUUUUUGUUGAUCAUACUGACCCAAUUGUCUUUAUUAUGGUUAAAGAUUGAAAAGGGUAUCAUAAAUUAGCUUUCUUUUUUCUUGUUCUUCAGUUUCUUGAUAAUCUUGAUUCUGAUUCUUGACCCAUAUAAAAAAGCUGCCACUAUGUGUUGUUAAUUGUACCCAAUUGUGUUAAAGAUUGAAAAGGGUAUCUUAAAUUAGGUUUCUUUUUUCUUGUUCUUCAGUUUCUUGAUAAUCUUGAUUCUGAUUCUUGACCCAUAUAAGAAAUCUGUCACUAUGUGUUGUUAAUUCUACCCAAUUGUGUUAAUUCGGGUUAAAGAUUGAAAAGGGUGUCUUAAAUUAGGUAUCUUGGUGUUGGUGUGUUAGAUGGAUCGGCAGUUGGUUAGAGUUUCUCAUCGGACGGUGUUGAACAUCCGAGGUGGUCUUUUUACACUUGUGUUUGUUGUGUUUUGCUUUCACAAUCUGACCCGGUACUGGGGCUCCAUGGGUAAAACUCGGGUCGGGUUUGUUAGUAGCUCCGGGAGACUAUCUAUCAAGACUCCACCAGAUUGUACUGGACUGAAUCAGCAUGAGGGUUUUGCAAGUGAAUGUGAGUUCUUAAUGGCUUACCCUCAAUGUAAUUCUGAUGGGUUUUUUAAUUACUUGAAUUUCUUUUACUGUUCUUGUGAGAAUUAUGCUUCUGUUGGUUACAUUGUGUUGGUUCUAUGGCUGGCUGCUUUGUUUUAUCUUUUGGGGAAUACUGCUGCUGAUUAUUUCUGUUGUUCGCUCGAAAAGUUGUCGAAUUUGUUGAGGUUGUCUGCUACGUUAGCUGGGGUGACCUUGCUUCCGUUAGGGAACGGUGCUCCGGAUGUGUUUGCGAGUAUCGCGGCGUUUGCGGGAACGGAUAAUGGGGAUGUUGGGUUGAGUAGUAUUCUGGGUGGUGCGAUUUUCGUGACGUGUGUGGUUGUGGGGACGAUUUCGAUCUGUGUGGCGGAUCAGGGAGUGAGUAUUGAUAAGAAGUGUUUUGUUAGAGAUGUUUGUGUGCUUCUGUUGGCUGUUGUGUCGCUUGCGGUAAUCUUGUUAAUUGGGAAUGUUAGUAUAGGUGGGGCGGUCGCGUUUGUUUCGAUCUAUGUUGUUUACGCUACGUUAGUUGCUGCUAACGAGUUUUUUAGAAACAGAAUGGGCGGUUUGAAGUUAGACGCUAGUGUCCCAUUGUUAUCUGUUACUCAAUUAGACGGUCCCGAAAAUCUUGAAAGUAAAGAUCUCGAAUCCGAUGAUAUGUCGUCUUCCGCGUCUGAUGACGUUCCACAUUUGGUUGAAUCCAAGGUUCCACAUUGGAUGUGGAGUUCGAAUGUUGCGAUAUAUUCGGAGGUUCAUGGACACGGUUCAGAAGAUGGCUCGAACCCUCUAUGGGGAUGGAACGAGGACGUGUCGUCGGUUCAUGGAAAUAAAGAUUCAUCCUUUUCGUGGUCCAAGUUGUUUUCAUGGUUAGAAUUACCACUAGUACUAUCAAGACGGCUAACGAUUCCCAUGAUCGAGGAAGAAAGAUGGUCAAAAGGUUAUGCGGUUGCCAGCGUUACAUUUGCACCAUUGCUUCUAGCGUUUCUUUGGAACACCCAACACGAGAGUCAAAGUCAUGUAGUCACAUGGCUUAUCUACCUAGCCGCAGCGGUUCUUGGGUGUGCGCUUGGUGGUGUUGCAUUCAUAUGCACCAGACCGGACCAACCACCUCAAAAGUGGUUGCUUCCAUGGGUUCUUGGUGGUUUCUUUAUGAGCAUCGUCUGGUUCUACAUGAUAGCUAACGAGUUAGUUGCGUUAUUAGUGGCGUUUGGUCUAAUGUUCGGGAUCAAUCCAUCGAUUCUUGGAUUAACUGUAUUAGCAUGGGGUAACUCGAUGGGUGACUUAAUGUCAAAUGUUGCACUCGCGAUCCAUGGAGGUGAAGGUGUGCAGAUAGCCAUGUCUGGAUGCUACGCCGGCCCUAUGUUCAACACUCUUGUUGGUUUGGGGAUUUGUAUGUUAAUUGGGUCGUGGUCAAACAGGCCCGAAUCUUAUACAAUGUCUGGAGACGUCGGGCUUUUCAUUAACAUAGGAUUUCUGGUACUCGCCUUGCUUUGGGCGCUAGUAAUGCUGCCUAGAAACCGUAUGCAACCAAACAAGUCGUUUGGGAUAGGGCUUAUGGUGAUUUAUGUGACGUUUCUUGGAACACGAUUAGGGAUGUCUAUAGGUUCUGGAUCACUUGACAAUGCUACCUGAUCAGACGUUCGUAACAUAUGACUUAUUAACGGUCUCGCAAAGGUGUAGAUUAUGUUUAUAGAGUUUAGGUUUGUAUACAUAAUAUUUGCUUACAAAUAGGAGUCCAUUUGUAGUUCCUUUGAUUUGUAUAGUUAAGUUGGAUGGUUUUACCUUAUAAUAGACUACUAGUGAUGUUUUACUUGUA